AUGUUGUGCAAUAUCCUCGUCCUUCUUCUUGCAUGGCCUCCGCUUGUGUUUACCGCAUCUUUACGCACCAGGCAGGAUGCUUGUGGAGACCUCAAAUCUUUGUUGCCUAGGUCGACAGUACUGAGUUCAGAUUCGACAUUCCACAAUCUAAGUACUGAGAACUGGUCAGCUACUGCAUGGGGAACUCCGUUGUGCAUUGUGCAGCCGCCUUCAACGGCUGACGUACAGAAAGCCAUCUCGUAUCUGAGUUCGUGGCGCGUGAAGUUUGCCAUACGAUCGGGAGGCCACUCACCAUCGCCAUUUGCCGCAAACACAGAUGACGGCGUUCUGAUCGACACCUCGUUACUAAGCACCAAAGAGUAUAACGCAAAAGAUCAGACGGUAAAAAUUGGGACUGGUUUGAAAUGGGGAGACGUGUACAGUUACUUAGACCAGUACCAAGUGACAGUCGUUGGCGGCCGGGUCUUAGACGUUGGCGUUGGCGGCUUGAUACUUGGAAGCGGACUUUCAUAUCUGUCAGAUCUCUAUGGCAUGGCUUGUGACAAUGUGGUCAACUUUGAGGUGGUCCUCGCAGAUGGCUCUGCAGUAGACGCAAACGCCACACAUCACAAAGAUCUUUACAAGGCUUUGAAAGGUGGGGGUAACAAUUUCGGUCUCGUCACGAGCUUCACUAUGCGCACUUACCCCAUCUACAAAGUCUGGGGAGGAGUGAAGAUGUAUGGCCAUGAGCAGAUUCCGGCACUAUACAAGGCGUUAGCUAUGUAUCAGGCCCAGCCGAGGAAGGAUCCAUAUGCGAACCUAAUGCUUCAACCUUUCGGUACCAAUGAGAGCCUAGGUGCGAUGCUGAAUAUGGUUUACCUCAAACCUGAGGAGUCGCCAGCCGCUUUUGACUCCUUCUAUGAUAUUCCCACAGUAUCAGAUGCAACAAAACUGCAGACCCUCAACGACAUGAUCAGCGGCCAAGUUGUGCCUAACCUUCCACGAUGGGACUGGCACGCUACCAGCUUCACUCCAUCCGCUGAAAUCUACGAGAAGAUUGACUCAAUCAUAUCGACGGCAGCUGAAGUCGCCCAACUCAAAGCGUUGACCGGUGGCACACUUGUCCUUGGAUUUCAACCAAUCUCAUCAAGCCUCGUGCAAGCAAGCAGCGACCGAGGCGGUAAUGUUUUGGGCCAUGACAAAGUGAAUCAAACCUGGAUGGUGCUUGACAUAGGUUGGUGGAGAGAAGAAGACGAUGCCACUGCUCACAAUGCAACACGAGCUCUGCUGCAGAAGAUCGAGAAAGUGACCAGGGCGAGUAACUCGUACAUUCGUUACAUCUUCAUGAACGACGCGAGCUGGGAUCAGGCAGUCCUUGACCAAUAUGGGUCUAAUAACGUUGGAUACAUGCGUCAAGUGCGGGAAAAGUAUGAUCCUUCAUAUACCUUUCACGACCUAGUUAGUGGAGGCUUCAAGCUUUCUCUAUCAUAG